AUGACUUUUGUCGACUUCAAAAAGGCGAUUGGCAGUGUGAAUAGAGAUGCUAUCUGGAAGUUAAUGAGCCACUAUGGAAUACCCAAAACAUUUAUAUCUAUCACACAGAAACUAUAUGAAGACUCCACCAGUCAGGUAAUACACAAAGGAAAGCUAACAAAACCAAUCACGGUGACGACGGGAGUAAGACAGGGAUGUAUGCUAUCACCAAUGAUAUUCUUGAUGGUAAUCGACUUGAUCAUGCUGAGGGCCACAAAAAACGACACAGGAAUCCAGUGGAGUUUCACAAAAAGGCUGGAGGAUCUUGAUUUUGCCGAUGACAUCUGCCUACUAUCUCAUAAGCAUCAACACACGCAAGCCAAACUAAAUCGGCUGUCUGAAGAAGACUCCAAAAUUGGACUAAAAAUCAAUAAAUACAAAACAGAGGUCAGAAUCAAUAACAGUCAGGACCUGCCCAUAUAG